GAUCACCUAAGUUUAUGGGUCUGAAGAAAACUAACAAUGCUGGGUUGCUGAAAGAAUCCAAAUUUUGGGUUUGAUCUUGUGAUUGGGGUCAUUGAUAAGGGGAUAUGGUCGAAGCGAUUGUGUUUUAAUGACCGGGAUUUGGGUCCAGUUCCUAUGAAAUGGAAAGGGCAAUGUGUGAAGAUGAAGGAUUUUGGGUUGAAUUCGUGUAAUAGGAAGCUGAUUGGAGUGAUAUUCUUUUGCAAUGGGUACAAGGCGACAAAUGGGAAGAUGAAUGAGAUGUCGGAGUACAAGUCCCUACGUGAUUUAGAUGGGCACAGGACUCACACAACAUCAAUCGUCAUUGGGAGUUACUAUGAUUCUGAUAUUCUGGCAACGUUUGAUGCCGUCGUUGCCGACAGAGUCGAUGUUAUUUCACUUGGCGUGGGUGGUGUUGUCAUGCUGUAUUAUCUUGACGCGAUUGCAAUUAGCGCUUUUGGUGCAAAUGAUCGAGGGAUUUUUGUAUCUACUUCUGUCAAGAACGACGGUCCUAGUGGACUAACGAUGACCAAUGUUGCUCUAGGGGUCACAACUGUCGAUGCUAGAACUAUUGAUAAAGAUUUCCCUACUAAUGUUAAACUUAGGAAUGGAAAGACGGCAGUGAUGGGUGUUCAUCCUUUCUAUGCUUAGACAGUUUUGCGA